UAACACAACUCACUUGCCCAGACAAGAAUAAGUUGUUUCUGCCAGACCUGAAACCCUGGGGAAUGUGGAAGGACAUCCCCAAGGGAUAUGGCAGUACCCAUCAUUAUAUGCUGUACUGGUGAUGAGCUCCAUACUCAUUGUUUAUCUGUUCUGGUCUUGCGACAUUCUGGAUUGUUGAUUGUUUGUACAUUAUCAACAUUAGCACACAAAAUCUGCUGGUUCAAACCGAGGAACCUGUUUGACCAGGGCGAGGGGCAGCCCUUAAAACAGAGUAAAGGUAACAGGUGACACAAAGUCCAGAGAGAGAGAGAGAGAUACUCCAUAUUUUCCAUUCGUUGAUAAGUUUUUCCAUUGACUCACCAUGGUUGAGUACAAAGUACAGGUGACUACAGGGGACUUUCUAUUCUCUGGCUCAUCUGACUACAUCUAUGUCACACUGAUCGGAACAGAGGGGGAAAGUGAGCGCACUAACCUUGACAACUUUGGUCUAGAUUUCAUGACUGGGAUGACAGGGACCUACACUGUGACCACCCCCUCGUCUCUGGGGCGCCACCUCCUGGUCAAGCUGGAGAAAGAGCAGUACCUGUUGCUGCCGGAAAACGAGUGGUUCUGCUCCAAGGUUGUCGUGACGAUGCCUGAGGGUGACGUAAUCCUCUUCCCCUGUUACAGAUGGGUGUCCAGAGGGGAAGUUGUGGAGCUGAGAGGAGGAAAAGCCAGCAAGAUUUUUGAGGAUGAGCUCCCUCUACUGGUGGACCAUCGUAAAAAGGAGCUGGAGCGUAACAAGAAACUGUUCCAGUGGAUUGUGUAUGCCGAGGGAGUUCCCCACAUCAAUAACGCCACUGAAGUCUCAGCUCUCCCUUCUGAAGUUAAAUUUUCCUUCUCCAAAAUGUCUGAGUUUAUCUACACCAAAGCUGCAGCUAUAGCUGAGCUCAAACUGAAAGGCCUGGUGGACUCCACCGAGCAGUGGAAAGACCUGGAUCUGAUGAAACAUGUCUUCUGGAGCAAUAGAACACCCAUUUCAGAGUAUGUUUCUGAGCACUGGAGGGAGGAUGACUUUUUCGGGUCCCAGUUUCUGAAUGGAACCAACCCCAAUGUGAUCCAGCGCUGCACAACGCUUCCCCCCAACUUCCCUGUCACAGAUGAGAUGGUACAGCCCUUCCUGGAGGAUGGCAGUUCCCUGGCGAUGGAGAUGCAGGAAGGAAACAUAUUCCUUUGCGACUACAAGAGGCUUAAGGGUGUGCCAACCCGGGUGGUCAAUGGUAAACCACUGUCCCUCACUGCUGCCCUCUGCCUGUUCUACAAGAACCCAGAGGACAAACUGCUGCCUAUUGCCAUCCAGCUGGAGCAGCAGCCAUCUGAGCAGAACCCCAUAUUUCUGCCUAGCGACUCGGAGCACGACUGGCUGCUAGCCAAGAUAUUUGUGAGGAACGCAGAUUUCUCAGAGUACCAGAUCAGCUACCAUCUACUGGGCACUCAUUUACUGGCCGAGGCCUUCGCUAUGGCAACCCUCCGGAGCCUUCCUAUCAUGCACCCUCUCCACAAGUUGCUGAUACCCCACUUCCGUUACACCCUGCAGAUCAACCUUCUUGCGCGAAAAAGACUGAUUAGUCCUGAUGGACCCUUAGCAAAUGGUGCUAUGGGACUGGAGGGGUUGAAGGAACUCUUGAAAAGGGCACAUUCAGAAAUCACCUACAGCUCCCUCUGUCUGCCGGAGAACAUUGUUGCACGAGGACUGGAUUCCAUCCCCAACUUCUACUACAGGGAGGACGGCCUGAAGCUGUGGAACAUCAUCCACAGCUUUGUCCAGGGGAUGGUGGAGCACUUCUAUUCUUCUGACAGUGAAGUGUCCAGGGACUCUGAGCUCCAGGACUGGAUCAACGAGAUCUUCAUCCAUGGGUUCCUUGGAAACAACAAGUUAGGAAUCCCUAAGCGAUUUGACAAAGUGGAGGAAGUUGUCAAAUUCGUUACCAUGAUUAUCUUCACCGUGUCAGCUCAACAUUGCGCCCUCAAUAUGGGGCAGUUUGACUACGGUGGUUGGGUACCCAACAACCCCCUGCUUCUGCGCAAAGCUCCUCCCACCACUAAGGGGAGCUCUAGCAUGAACACCAUUCUGGAAGUACUGCCAGACAUCAGCACUACUGUCAACAACAUGGCUUCCACAUGGCUGCUCAGCAAGAGAUACUCGGACAUAAUUACCCUUGGUACAUACCCAGAUCAACACUUUGAUGAGGCUGUCCCCAAGCAGAUGAUUAAGCAGUUCCAAGCAGAGUUGUCCUACCUCAGUGGGUCAAUCAUUGAGAGGAAUGCCACGCUUACACUACCCUAUAACUACCUGAACCCUGCCGAGAUGGAGAAUAGUGUAUCCAUAUGAUUGAGCUUAUGCCCAUAUCAUUGCAACCGGCUUUACCUGCUGGGCAAAUCGUAUGUACAACUGCACUGAGCAGGGUAUUCAAAUGAUUUACUUAAAGAAGCAGUCUGGGAUCUUAAGCACAACAAAUUAGUAACAUAUUGUACAAAUUAUAUUGAAGAACGCACUUGCUUGCUGAAACAUUGGUUGCUAUACCCAUUAAAUGUUUGGGAGCAUAGAGUGUGUGAAUUUCUUACUUUAUUUUUACGAAUUGGAUUCGUAACAUAUCAUAGAAAUUGUACAAGACGUAACUUAUCAUACAAAAUGGAUGGUGUAGUACACAAUUUGAUUACGUAGUAUACCAAAAAAAGGGACCCAUUUUGGCUUGUGAGCACCACUUUCAAAACUACUGGCUGAAAUUAUACAAAGGCUCUGGAGCAUCACUUCAAUCAUCAUGGAUAAAUGGAUAACCAAAUGGACUAUCUAGAAGGCAGCUGAAGUCCUGGAGCCACAGAGUACCACAGAGUCCUGGACUAAAGUCGCAAGAAAUGGCUACCAACUUUAGAAAAUGCACCUUUGCAAUUGUCUUUAUAAAGAAUGCAUGAAUAAAGUGGAUUACAAAUGCAA